UAAAAGACUUUCUGCCUCUUGUUCUGACAAUAAAACACUUUUUGAAGCAUGUGUGAGUUUUCACUGAGACCUUUUAAAUGAGAAAGAAGGUUUGAGAAAAACAGAGUUUCUCUGCUGAAACAGAGUUUUUUUGCCACCGACGACGAAAGUGCGAAGCUUUAAUAGAUCUGAUUCGCAAGCUCUGAUCUGAAGUUGAAUUUGUCAAAACCUAUCAAAUGAUUGCAUCUCCGGUGAAGCCACUAUUCGUCUUCGUCAUAACUUUCUCUCUUCUCCUCGUCGUGAUCAUUCUAUCUCCCUCGCCACACUUCCUCCAGUUUCCACCGGUUCCUUCCGGUUCAUCACUGGGUGGUUCUGUAAUAUGGAGUGUCAAGAGGACAAUGGAGUGGAGGCCUUGCAAAUGGUGGUUACAAGGACAUCUCACUCCUCUACCAGCUCAAACUAAUGGAUACAUCCGCGUUGAUUGCUAUGGCGGUCUCAAUCAGAUGAGACGCGAUCUGUGUGACGGAGUUGGGAUUGCUCGUUUGCUGAACGCUACACUUGUUCUACCAAAGUUUGAGGUCGCUGCCUAUUGGAACGAGACAAGUGGGUUUGGAGAUGUGUUUGAUGUAGACUACUUCAUCCAAAAGAUGAGUGGUUUUAUCGAUGUCGUUAAAGAUCUACCUAAAGACAUUGCAUCAAAGGAGCCAUUCAGAGUAGAUUGCAGCAAAAGAAAAGGUCAAUUCGAUUACAUUGAAAGUGUUCUUCCGUCGUUGCUGGAGCAUCAUUAUAUUUCUUUCACACCAGCAAUGAGCCAACGCAGAGACAGGUAUCCUCAGUAUGCAAAAGCCACUCUGUGCCAAGCUUGUUACUCAGCUCUACGGCUCACUACCUCCCUGGAGAAGAAAGCCACCGAGCUUUUCGACGCUAUCCCCAAACCCUUCUUGUCGCUUCACCUCAGAUUCGAACCAGACAUGGUAGCUUACAGCCAGUGCGAAUACCAAAACCUCUCUCCUUCAUCUAUCUCCGCCAUUGAAGCUGCUCGCGUCGACAGGAAGCCAUGGACAGGAGAGCUAGCUCAGAUCUGGAGGAAACGAGGCAAAUGCCCUCUGACUCCCAACGAAACAGCUCUGAUGCUUCAGUCACUCAACGUCCCAACGAACACAAACAUAUACUUAGCAGCUGGAGACGGUCUAAUGGAGAUGGAAGGUUUCACGUCCGUUUACACAAACGUCUACACAAAGUCUGCUUUACUUAACCGAGAGGACUUCACCAGAAUGCAUGGAAACACAAAGGCUGCGUUGGAUUAUCAUGUCUCCAUCAACAGUGAUGCAUACGUGGCUACUUACUUUGGAAACAUGGAUAAGAUAGUUGCAGCUAUGCGGACGUAUAAAGGGAUGCAUAACACUUUGUUCCUGAGCAGGAAAGCAUUUGCAGAACUCGCUUCUCAGGGGCUUGGAGGUGCUGAGCUGAAGAAUGCUCUUUGGGAAGUUCAUAAAAACGAUUUUGCGAUCGGUAGAGGUUUUGCUUUGCCUGAUUGCUUCUGUGAAUUUGAGCUGUAAUGCAAGAUUAUUUUCUUACUUCAUUCUUGAGUUGACACGACGUUUGUAACAACAACACUUUGUUCAUGUACUAUUGACUUGGAGAAACGCUCCCGUCUGCUAAUACAAAAACAUAGUGUACAUCCUGA